AUGCUUAUCUACUUUCUGCCUUUGCUCGUCAUGGGUUGUGCUUACCUGGUGGUGGGAUGUACUCUCUGGGCGAGUGAGAUUCCUGGAGACUCUUCAGACCGCUACCGAGAGCAGCUAACCGCCAAACGGAAGGUGGUGAAGAUGAUGAUUGUCGUUGUGUGCACCUUCGCCAUCUGCUGGCUGCCCUACCAUGUCUACUUCCUGUUGCACCAGUUCCUUCCCCACUUGUUUGAGGAAAGGUACAUCCAGCAGGUGUACUUAGGAAUUAUGUGGCUUGCCAUGAGCUCCACCAUGUACAAUCCCAUCAUCUAUUGUCUUCUCAAUGACAGGUUUCGAGCUGGAUUCCAGCAGGCAUUCUCCUGGUGUCCUUGUGUCCCUCAAGGCUCAUAUGAAGGUCUGGAGCUCAAGUCCACUCGCUAUCUUCAGACGCAGGCCAGCAUUUACCGUGCCAGCCGAAUGGAGACCACAGUAUCCACAGUGAUGCCGGUUGUUGAGGGGGACCAUCAGGAGAAUACAAAUCGAUGUUCCAUAGAUCUUACGUCUAAUGGUUCUUCACAAAGCGCUUCAAAGACUGUAUCAGAGUCAUCCAGCUUUUAUUCUAGCAACAAUUUAACUUAGGAAGGAAUGUAGGAAAUACUUUCAGUGUUAAAGUACCAAUCUUGUGAGAAGAAGGACAAAUGAUACACGUUCCAGGGAAUGUCAUAAUGUGAGAUACACACCAGAAUAGGUUUUUAGGGCUAAUGUGUGAAAACAUGGUCAACAUAGUAUAUCGGAGCAUUAAUACUGUCUUUUUUUACUACUCGAGGCAGCUGGCUAGAAAUCAUCCCUGUAAGAGUUCACCCAACAACUUACUCAAUGGCAUUUGCUCCAGGACCCAGUGGGUUUGUUUGGGAAAACCUGACCAGCUGAUCCCCUUGGCAACGAUCUGUCUGUCGUUACUGCUGGUUGUCGAUGAUACGAUAGCCAGCGUGACGACGUGGAAGGGUUUGCACCUGUUGUUGCAUAUUACUGGACUACGAAGGCGACAAUGUAAAGGAAUUGUCUGGAAGGCAGAGCGGGUCAUGAUAAAUAUAGCACAGCAAGAGAGAGAAAAAUGGACUUUGUACUAACAUAGAGCUACAUCCAUUUAUAUCGCCAUAAUUCUCUGUUAAAUCCAGAGUUUAUUAUUAACAUGUUGUUGAGUAUCAGUUGCAGCUAUACUGCCUUUACAAAAAAAGACCACGUUAAAUACAUUUUACUGGGGGUAUUUUGUUGUAU